CGGCCAGUCAGCGGCGGGUGGUGGUGGUGGUCGGACGUGUGGAGUGCAAGCGUCACACCGCCGUUCGGGCUGCCCAUCGAGACCGUAUCACUUUAGUUCAUUCCCAUUGAUAAAGCGCAAACUGCUGCACAUGGAAUACUUGCCGGAAAAGAAAAGCAGAGUCAGCCAAGUCAUUUUACCCGGUUUUUCUAGAAGUUGGAACGAUGUGGUGGAUAAAAUAGUGGAUUAUAUUUGGACAUUUUUCCAAAGGAGGGGAGAGGAGCAUUUAAAUGGUGACCUGCUGACCUGUUGACCUGCUGAAGUAAACUGAUCAGAUACUGUGAAGUUAUGCCAGUGCUCCGUGUUGACGCUCAUCAGACUGUGAGCAAACGGCUGGGAAUGACAAUCAGAAUAUUUGCUUUCCCGCCUUGAGGACGCUGACGGCGAGGAACAGGAUCGAGCAGCGGUGCCUGAGAGAUACUUCACGUGAACCAAAGGACAACGACGCAAACAUGUGGCAAAAUUAUUAGAGUGGAAAUAAUUCACCUGAGAAAUUCGAGACUGAGGCCAGAAUUGUAAGUGUGUAUAUGCGGCGAGAGAGGAGGGCUGAGUGUGGCAGAUCGGGGAGAAACAAAAAAAGAAAAAGAAGAAAAACUUACGCUACCUGCAACACACACUGAAAGCUGAGGACACACUACCAAAUCAGUGAAAGAAAAUAACACAGCCGGAAUCGAAGGCAGGCUGAAAGUGGACUAACAGUGGACUAACAGUAUCGCAGGUGAAACAAAACACCACAAGAACCGGAGGGCGAGACCUCACUAACACACUACCACCACUGCAACCUGAGGCGUUCAGGAGCAGCGCACUCUCGGCAGCAUCAGGGCGGGCACGGGUGGCAGUGGGCGGGAUGUGGCGGCUGGCGUGUGGACUGGAGGAAAGGCGGUGGUGGAGGUGGCUGUGGGUGUUAUUAGCUUCCCUGCUGCUCCUGCCCCGCCCCGCCACACCCCGCCCAGAUACACCUACGCCCACCUCGCCCCUGCGCGCCUACACGCCAGGAAAGGAAGAAGACUGGGGGACACUGGUGGCGGUGACGGCGGUGCGGGGGUCCACGGCUCGCCUACCCUGCCACAUCACCUCGCCCAACCCAGAGGAGCCUGUGCUGCUCGUCCUGUGGUACAAGAACGCAUCCGUUACUCCUGUGUACAGCUACGACUCCCGCGGGCUGGAAGGGAGGGGGAGUGGAGCAAGCCAUCCCCAGCAGUGGGGGGACGAGCAGGUAUGGGGAUCGAAACAACGGGCCUUGUUUGACACUUCCCACUCCCCCGCCCAGCUGUUGGUGAGGGACGUGCGGGGGCGGGAUGAGGGCAGCUACAGGUGCAAGGUGCACUUCAAGGGGUCGCCCUCCUGGUCCCAGAGGAUUACUCUCAGCGUCAAGGAUCCCCCGGGGUACCCCAGGAUCCAGGAUGAGUCCGGCCAGCGCCUGGAAGGUCCUAUCGGUCCCUACGAGGACGGUACCACCGUCAGGAUGAUGUGCCUCAGUUCAGGAGAGCCGCCGCCGGGGCUGGUGUGGGGCGGCAGCGGGGCGGGGCGGGGCGGCGCAGUGCAGAGUGAUGGCUCCAUGUCCAGGACGAGACUCAGCAUUGUAGCCUCCCGAGACACUGCCUACACCACCAUCACCUGCUCCACCACCAACUCCUCCUCCAUCGCCCCACUCCACACCGUGUCCACCAUCCUCAGAGUCAAUCUACCGCCGCUCGAGGUGAAGCUGCAGGCACCAGGGGCGUGGGUCAGCGCAGGCCAGCAGAGCGUCUUCAGGUGCCGGGUGACGGGGUCUUCUCCGGAGCCUGUCGUGCAGUGGUGGCUCGGGGGACGGCAGCUCAUCCCCAGCACGCCGUCUGGGUUCGAGGGUGUGAACGUGAGUGUGAGCGAGGUGCGGCUGACGCUGGAACCAGGCGACCAUGGAGUGCCGCUGGGUGUGCAAGGCGUUCAGUCCCGCCCUGCCCGGCACCGUCCUGCACGACCAGCUCUCCCUCGCAGUCCACUUCCUACCCGUGGCCACCAGCACCGUGGAGGGCGGGGGCAUGCAGGCUGAGGUGCGGGAAGGGGGUUCCAUCACCUUCGUCUGUACCGUCAAGGCGAAUCCAGACGUGUACAACAUCACCUGGUACCAUAACGGUCGGCCACUGAGGGCGAGGGAAAGAGGCGUCCGUAUGGUGGACUCCAAGCUGCGACUCCUCAACGUGACGGCGGACAUGAGGGGACUGUACACCUGCGUCGGGAGUAACCAGGAAGGGGACGGCCAGAGUAACGCGCU